CAUAUAAGCCAAGUUUGCAAAAAUGAUACCCAAUAUCAACACACUCGAAGCAUAACAUUUUUCACAAUCACCAUCGUCGACGAUCCGUUACAAUAAAUUAAUUGUUUUCUUCGGAUUCAAAAAGUUUCUGACUCCGGGCGAGUUACUUAUUCUAUAAAUAAUGGUGAUUCGAGUGACAUUGCGUGAAUCGUUGAAAUAUUUACAUGUUUUUUACCAAAAUUUAAAAGUGAGUUGAAAAUAUUUUCGGAAUACUUAUCACAAUAACUUAAUUACCAGUCAUCAGUCAAGAUGUUCGGACGCAGCAUUUUGAGGCAGACUUUAGCUAUGCUCUCGACCUACAUUGUGCUUCUGCAUAUGGGCACAGCGUACGCAUGGGCUGCUUCACACAUGAGCUUUUUCCAAUCCAAACAAGGUCACGGAUUCACUGACGAAGAAUGCACAAUGGUUGCAUCACUGAUGCACAUAGGCAGAUUAAGUGCUCCAAUCGUGAAUUUGCUCGUAAUGGGAAAAUACGGUCGGAAACCUCCGUUAACUUUGGCGUCUUUCUUGAUGGUGAUCGCCAGCCUAAUGCAGAUAAUUUACAAAUCAGUUACUGCAGUUUACAUUGCACGAUGCUUGAUGGGAUUUGGCAUCGGAACCUAUGACGGUUUUGGAAUCAUAUACCAGGGUGAAAUCACCUCGAAACACGUUCGAGGAAUUUUCCUCACUCUAAACGCCGCAUUUUACGCUGGAGGCAUCUUACUGCAAUACAUCUUAGCCUAUUAUUUCACUUUCGAAGAAACAUCUCUAAUCACAACAACGCUAGCAGUAUUUCACGUGUUACUCGCGUAUUUCAUGGUCGAAUCACCUUACUACCUCGCAGAACAAGGCAAAUUAGCCGAAGCUUCCAAAGUUCUCGGCUGGCUCAGAGCAAAAGAAGAGAAACAAAUUGAAAACGAAUUACAAGAAAUUUCCACCAUCGAAAAAGUAACCGAUUACUCAGAAUUCUUCAUCAAUUUCAAGAAACCCGAAGUCUACAAAAGCUACUGCAUAUCAUUACUGCUGGGAAUCGUCGCGUCCAUUUUGAUGACCACCAUGGUCGCAUUCGCAAAUUACAUAGUUCCAGAUACAGGAGUCGUAUCUUCGUACCAUUUUGGAAUGUUACUUUGCAUUAUUCCCAUGUGCAGCGGUUUCAUAUCAGCUGCUUUGGUCGAAAGAUGCGGUAGAAGACCUCUACUAAUAGUUAGUUUAUUCAUGGAAACCAUCGUAAAUGGCAUCAUAGCUGUCAUGUUUUUGCUACAGCAACAAUUCCACGUAGAAAUAUCACAUUUUUCGUGGAUUGUGUUCGCCUUAGUUGUGUUAUUUUUUGUCACUUACUCCAUAGGUACGUAUCCGAUGGUACUCGCAGUUCGUUCUGAAAUUUUUCCGCCGAGUUACAAAGUUCUCGGCAUAAAUAUUUGCAUAGGGUUGAACUCGACGACGAAUUUUGUGUUCACUAUUUUCUUCAUGGAAGUGGUUUUGAAAUACGGAAUGUAUCUGAACUACGUGGUGUUUUCUCUGGCUUGUUUGGUCGGUUUAUUAAUCGUGUACUUCUUUUUACCUGAAACCAAAGGUAAGACAUUAGCUGAAAUACAAUCCAUGUUGAAAAAGUCGUAAGUUGAUUAUAUUUUAUAAUUUUAUCUAAGCUACUCGUAUUUAUGAUUUUCUAAGAAUGGAAAAUAAAUCGUUAAUUUAUGAUGAUGAGAGCCUCGCGUGUCUGUAAAAUAAAUAUGGGAAUGUGAUAUUGUAAA